AUGGCCACGGCCGGGGGCGGCUCCGCUGCUGACCUGGGAAGUCGGGGUCUUCUUCGCCUGCUGUGUCUCUGCGUCCUCCUGGCAGGUUUGUGUGGGGGAAACUCCGUGGAGAGGAAGAUCUACAUCUCUUUAAAUAAAACAGCUCCCUGCGUCCGUCUGCUCAAUGCCACUCAUCAGAUUGGCUGCCACUCUUCCAUUAGCGGGGACACAGGGGUCAUCCAUGUGGUGGAGAAAGAAGAGGACCUGCAGUGGGUGCUGACCGAUGGCCCCAACCCCCCUUACAUGGUUCUGCUGGAGGGCACGCUCUUUACCAGGAAGGUGAUGGAGAAGCUGAAGGGGAGCACCAGUCGAAUUGCUGGUCUGGCAGUGUCCUUGGCCAAGCCCAGUCCCGCUGAGGGCUUUUCUCCUAGUGAGCAGUGUCCCAACGAUGGGUUUGGCGUUUACUCCGACUCCUACGGGCCAGAGUUUGCGCACUGCAGGAAUGUACAGUGGAACUACCUGGGUGAUGGCUUGGCUUAUGAAGACUUUAGUUUCCCCAUCUUUCUUCUUGAAGAUGAAAAUGAAACCAAUGUCAUCAAGCAGUGCUACCGAGAUCACAACCUGAGCCAGAACGGCUCGGCACCGGUCUUCCCGCUCUGUGCCAUGCAGCUCUUCUCGCACAUGCACGCCGUCAUCAGCACUGUCACCUGCAUGCGGCGCAACUCCAUCCAGAACACCUUUAGCAUCAACCCAGAAAUCGUCUGUGACCCCCUGUCCGACUACAACGUCUGGAGCAUGCUUAAGCCCAUAAAUACGUCUGGGACGUUAGAGCCUGGUGACAAGGUUGUGGUUGCUGCCACCCAGCUGGACAGUCGUUCCUUUUUCUGGAACGUGGCCCCCGGGGCUGAGAGUGCUGUCGCCUCCUUCGUCACCCAGCUGGCCGCAGCUGAAGCUUUGUCCAAGGCUCCCGACGUGACCGCCCUGCCCCGCAACGUCAUGUUCGUCUUCUUCCAGGGGGAAACGUUUGACUACAUUGGCAGCUCGAGGAUGGUCUAUGAUAUGGAGAGGGGCAAGUUCCCUGUGCCGUUAGACAACAUCGACUCGUUCGUGGAGCUGAGACAGGUGGCCUUAAGAGAGUCACUAGAGCUUUGGAUGCACACAGAUCCCGUGUCUCAGAAAAACCAGUCUGUACAGACCCAGGUGGAGCGCCUCCUGACCACACUGGAGCAGAGUGCUGCCGGUGUCCCUGUCGUCCUCCGGAGGCUGAACCAGUCCCAGCCUCUCCCACCGUCUUCUCUGCAGCGGUUUCUUCGAGCUCGAAACAUCUCUGGUGUUGUCCUCGCUGACCAUGCUAAUGCCUUCCAUAACCGCUACUACCAGAGCGUUUACGACACUGCUGAGAACAUCAAUGUGAGCUACCCUGGACAGCAGAGCCCUGAAGAGGACCUGAACUUUGUGACAGACACUGCCAAGGCCCUUGCAGACGUGGCCACGGUGCUGGGACGUGCACUGUACCAGCUUGCAGGAGGAACCAACUCCAGGGACACUAUUGAAGCCGAUCCCCACACAGUUACCCGCCUGCUCUAUGGCUUCCUGGUUAAAGCCAACAACUCGUGGUUCCAGUCUAUCCUCAGGCAGGACCUGCGGUCCUACUUGGGCGACGGGCCUCUGCAGCAUUACAUCGCCGUCUCCAGCCCCACCAACACCACUUACGUUGUCCAGUAUGCCUUGGCAAAUUUGACUGGCAAGGUGGUCGACUUUACCCGAGAGCAGUGCCAGGAUCCAAGUAAAGUCCCCAAUGAAAACAAGGAUCUGUAUGAGUACAUGUGGGUACAGGGCCCGCUGAGCCCCAACGGGACAGAGCGGUUCCCCUAUUGUGUGCGUUCCACGGCCCGACUGGUCAGGGCCUUGUCUCCUGCCUUCGAACUCGGGCACUGGGGCUCCACCGAGUACUCUACGUGGACCGAGAGCCGCUGGAAAGACAUCCGCGCCCGGAUAUUUCUCAUAGCCAGCAAAGAGCUCGAGCUCAUCACCCUGGCCGUGGGCUUUGGCGUCCUCAUCUGCUCCCUCGCCAUCACCUACUGCAUCAAUGCCAAAGCCGAUGUCCUCUUCAUCGCUCCCCGGGAGCCAGGGUCUGUGUCUUUCUGA